UUCUUUGUAACAGAAACCGCUCCCCCGCCGAAAUGCGCCCCAAACUACCAUCCCCAUCUGCUAAAGUACAAACCCGAAUCUGAGCAAAUUCAAAACUUGAAAUCGAGGGCAAUUCCAACAGAAUCGGAUUCAACGGAGAAGUUUUGUGUUGAGUUGAUCUUCUGUCCUCCCUCUGCUUCAUCUUGUUAAUCCGAGCUUGAAGUUUUUAUAUUUAUUCGGCUAUGGAGGACGAAGAACAGAAAAUGGAGGCGCUCAAGAAGGCUUAUGCUGACAUAAUUCUGAACACGGUGAAGGAGGCAGCGACUCGCGUACUGGUAUCCGAGCGCGAAGCUCGUUAUCUCCAGCAGGAUCUUUCUUCUUUUAAGGAUGAGUCGCUCAGGCUGCUCCUUCGCUUGAAGAACAUGGUCGAUUCUAAGAUGCGUGAAGCAGAAAUUACAUCAUUAUGCCAAAGGAGAAAAGUGGAAGAGCUUGAAGCAAAACUUCAUGAGGCGGAGGAUGUGAUAACAGAUCUUAGAAUACAGUUGAAAGAGGCACAAUUCCAGUUGGAGAAGGAGAAAAAAGACAAAAUGCAGCCUUUGGAAGGGAUGAUUAUGAAUAAAAUUACUCUCUCUAGUCAGUCUAUCCUUGAGCCAGAUUCUUCCUGUCCUUCCUCAUCAGAACUGCAAACAGUGUCUUCUAAUUUGAGGAACACGAAGAUGGAAAAGAUAGCCCAUGCAGUACAUGAUAGUGUGCCAAAGUCUGUCGAACAUUCAUCUGUUUCUCAAGUGGACAUUGUCCACGCUCACGAUUCUGACUCUUCCUCCAUGGUAGUGAGAACCAAGGAGCGCAGAUCAUAUGGGAAGAGAUGCACCCAGAGAAUUCGUGCAUUAGAAAGGAAUUACCUGGAUUAUAGCUUACCUCUAGGUAUUGAUGUAAAAGAUAACCAAGUCCUUGAGGAAAAGGAACCUUUAGUAAAAAAGAAGGCCAAGGAGGAAGGAGGCCUCUCUACCAGAAUUGGAAAGACAGAUAUAGGGAAGAGGGUGCAUGGUGCUGUGUUAAAGAGAUCUGUAAAGCUCCAUACAUUAAGAAGGACGUCUCAAUUUGGAAAAUGUAAAACUGGCUCUUGCAGGUUGCAUGGUAGUCAACUAACAAAACCUCAUUAUCCAUCAUGCAUCAUUUCCCUUUGCAGGCCAUAUUUGAAAGAUGAUGACGUGAGAUCAGAUAAUAAUGAAUAUUCUGCACCAUCUCUGAUGGCUGAUAGUGGGAAUGUGGGGAAAAAAUCUUGUUUGCCGGAGGAGCAUAAAACUGACAGUUACAGCGGUGCAAGUGGAAAUUCUAAUGGGAGGCAACCACAAGGGAACAUGAAACGUGGGAAUUUAAAUGGUCACUCGCCUGACCAGCCAAUCAUUUCUUGUGACAAGUGUUUUUUCCUGUCUCCAUGUACGACUUCCACUAAUCUAGUUAAUGAUAACGGGAAAUCUGGUGAUGAUCAUUCCAAAACUAAGCAUCGGAGCAAGAUGAAGAAAUUAACCUGCUUGGAUCCAGGACUCACAUCAUCCGGAAGUUAUGUCGACUCUACAUCAGUGCCUGCUAGUGUUACUGCCAGUGUUAAGGUCAAUAGUUCCGAAGUUCUCGAGAAUGCAGCAAACAGUAAGAAAGAACUGAUGGCAUUGACAGUGAAACAGGAAAGUGAUGAAAUAAGGAAUUUGAUUUGUCCAAGUUUCAAGUUGAACUCUGAAAUAAAUCCUAAUACGAAAUACGGGCAAAUAUGUGUAGAUACGAACUGCUCUCCUUGCCAAGUAGACAAGAAACACCUCAAUUGUACUAGACAAAGCAAACGCAAGAGGGAAGCCAUGGGCAUUUCAGAUGAAAAUAUUUCUCCUGAAAAGAGAAAUGGAAAAAGGAGCUUGGGUGAAAAACUAAAAUUUGAGCCUCAGUUUGAGAGGACUGACUUGAACAGAGAAUCGACAAGGGAGAGUCGACAGCUAUCUGAAGUUGCUCGCCAGCUCAUAUCUUUGUCUAGAGAAAGAUGGUAGUAAUAAUGGUGAUUUCUUUUCGGCCCUCAACACAAUCAGAACCUGGAUAUGAUUGGCCAUCCAACACGUCGGUUCUCCUCACAGUUCUUCAGAAUUUACUUUUCCAAGGAAUCCACAGGUGAGGAGCCAGAGGAGGAAAACUGAUGCUAACACCAAGGAAGACUUGUUUGGUAAUGAACAGAUACAUAUCCAAGUCAUAUUUAAUAUUCAUUAUUUUUAUUUAUAAAUUAUAAGGGACCAAAUAUAUAGUUAAAUUAAGUAUUUGUUAGAACACCUUUCAACUUGUUGCGAGAAAUGCUCUUUAUGUCCUUCCGUUUCA